CGUCUUUGUUUGGUGUUGGAGUGGAGUGUAAAUGGUGCAAUAAAUUGUGAUAGUUUUCACUCUAUAACUCUUCUUUUUACUAAAACGGAAACGGAACUUAAGAAAUCGCAUCGAAAUCAAUUGAAUUCCUUUCGCCCAAAAGAACAAAAAAAAAAAAUAAAGUAAACCCCCUAAAGCAGCUUUAAGCUCUUUUUGGUUUUUCUCUUCCUGUUUUCUUUUAAUUUGAGAUUUAUUUCACGUGUUUUAAACACACGUUCAAUUCAACACAUUGUUGUACAAAAUGUCUAUGAUGGAAAGGAAAGUGGGUGGUGGCGGUCCUAGUGGUGGUGGUGGUAAUGCCAGCAGUGGGGGCGUUGUCGUCGUUCCCGAAUUGGCUGUCAGAGAGGGUGAUGAUUUCUAUAUGCACGGUUCGAAUAUGAAACAUUCGUUGAGUACGCCCUCAGGUGUGGAUGGCACUCCGUCGACACCUCGCCAUCGUGGUGGCAAAAAGAUUACCGUGCGCAUUCAAAUGCUGGAUGAUACAGUGACAAUAUUUCAAGUACAGGCCAAAGCUUUAGGAAAAGUUCUCUUUGAACAAGUCUGCCGACAAUUAAAUCUCUUGGAAGCCGAUUAUUUCGGCUUGGAAUACCAAGAGAAAUCAACACAAACUAAAUAUUGGUUAGAUUUAGAAAAGCCCUUAAAUCGUCAAGUAGGUCUAUCCCUAGUAGAUCCAAUGUUACGUUUUUGUGUGAAAUUCUAUACGCCAGAUCCAUCGCAAUUGGAAGAGGAGUACACAAGAUAUUUAUUUUGUUUACAAGUCAAACGUGAUUUAGCCACGGGCAGUUUGCAGUGCAAUGAAAAUACGGCGGCCAUCAUGGCCAGCUAUAUAGUGCAGGCCUCUUGUGGUGAUUAUGUGGCGGAAGAUUAUCCCGAUCAUACGUAUUUGUCAUCGUAUCGAUUUGUACCAAAUCAAGAUGCACCAAUGCAAAGGAAAAUCAUGGAGAAUCAUAAAAAGCAUGUUGGCCAAUCUCCAGCCGAAGCCGAUUUAAACCUCUUAGAAACCGCCAGACGUUGUGAAUUAUAUGGCAUGAAAAUGCAUCCUGCCAUGGAUCAUGAUGGCAUGCCAUUAAAUUUAGCCGUUGCCCAUAUGGGUAUAGCAGUCUUCCAAAAUCUAACGCGCAUCAAUACAUUCUCUUGGGCUAAAAUACGUAAAAUAUCAUUUAAACGUAAACGUUUCCUAGUUAAAUUACAUCCUGAAGGUUAUGGCUAUUAUAAUAAUACGGUAGAAUUUCUAUUUCCUGGCCGUAAUCAAUGUAAAAACUUUUGGAAAAAAUGUGUAGAAAAUCAUGGUUUCUUCCGUUGCACUAUUGUCCAAAAUACACCGCGUCGCAAGACCAGAGUCAUGUCUAGAGGCAGUUCAUUUCGUUAUAGUGGCCGUACCCAAAAACAAAUUAUUGAUUUUGUUCGUGAAAACUAUGUAAAAAGACAAAAUUUCCAAAGGUCACAAUCAUUCCGGCAAGGGCCAUUGAAUGCAAGUAGCCGAAGUCAAUCGCAUACAUAUGUGAACUCCAGCAUUUCAGCCAAUCCCUUACUCCCAAUCGAUACCGCAGCCUGGGAUUAUCGCAAUCAAUGCAGCGACUCGAUGACGCCUUCUCUGACGAAGAGGGGAGCGGAUACCUUGGAUCGCCAACAAGGCAAUCCUACCGACCGCAAGCAUUCUCAAGUCACAGCAGCCCAGGUGGAGAUUUAUCAGACGAAGAAUUAUGCCUCGGCAUCGCCGGACUCGGCGGAACAAUCACACCACUCGGCAGCGGGUGUGGCGGACCAUCAAAUGAAUGCGAAUCGCUCUGUUUCCCCUCAGGGUCCACAAUCAUGGACUUCACCCCAACACAGCAACAACACCAACAACACUCAUCAUCUAACACCCCAACAGCAACAACAACGCGCUCAAGAUCCGGGUCGUGCGCAUCAAAACGAUCACAAUAUCGGUCUGAGCCACUUGUCCCACUUAUACAGCAGCAACACCCCUCGUCGAGUCUCAGUGGCCUCGCAGGCGUAUGUCCCUGCGUCGCCGCAACUCAACAAUGUCAACACCAUCAACAACAGCAACAACAACAACAGCAGCAGCAGCAAUCAUUACAGUCUGCGCACUAUGCAGGCCACCACCAAUACGGUGGCUCUCUCAGCGGAUCUCAGCAGCUCUAUGGAAUUGGAACAGGAGGAGGGGGAGGAGGAGGAAGUGGAGGAGGAGGAGGAGAUGGAAGAAUCAUUACAGGCCCAGGCUCAAAUGCAGGCGGAAUUGGUGGAAUCGGAUUUGCCCGAGGAGGAAGUGGAUUCGGACUUGACACAAUCUACCACCAAUCGGGAGAGUAUGCAAUCGGCGGUGGCAACAAUAAUUGUCCCUCCUCCGCCGCAUCGCUUACCGGAGUCCCCAUCUCAAGCUGUCACCCCCCUUCAUUAUAGCAGUACCAAUUAUUCGAUGUCUAAACACAACAUGUUAAAUAACAAUGCAACCUCUACAGAAACCGAAACAGACAACAUUAUCUACACCGACAUCAAUGAUAUCGGUCACUACAAGUAUCCCGACUUCAAUACCGCCAAAAUGGAGAACAAAAUCAACAAUAGUGAGACACUCAAUCUCAACGAUCGUAACGAUAUUUAUGCUACAGUUAAUCGUAAGACCAAAUCAAAGACCCGUGAGAAACAUUUCUCUGAUGAAUUCAUCGAUGAGUCCAUUUUACAAUAUACUCGUUCGAAACAGUUGGGUAUGGCCGCCGAUAUACGCAUGCCUUUGAGUUGUACUACAUUGGCUGAGCCCCAGGAACAGCAAACAUUUUCCAGUUUAAAUUAUCAAUAUCAUAACGAUUUAAAUCAUCCCUCGGACUCUUCAUCUUCUUACUUUGGCACUGGUUUCAAUACGAAAAAGUAUGCCACAACCACAAAGGCGGAUCGCGUAAAACUAGCCUUCUCCGAUAAUUAUCUAACACCCUCUGUGGACUCGCAAAGUUCUGCAUCUGGCGCUAAUUUGCCUAGACAUACUCAUUCUUUGCCUAGAAACUCCGAAUUAUCGGGAGUAGAUUCCGUUGACUCGUAUGACAGUCAUUAUUUGACCCAUCAUUCUAUAGGUCACUUACCUAAAACCUCAAAUAUUGGCUAUAGGUUGUAUCAUGUCCAAGAUAUGCCCAAGUCCCAGGUAUUAGUAGAUGAUCGCAGUUCCUCAGGUUCGCCCCUAAAUCGUUUCAAAACUUCUUCCGAAAAGUUAGAAUAUCAAAUGUCUUCUUCCAAUCUAUAUUCCACUGCUUCGUAUAACAAGAACGGCACCGAACAAGAAGACGAGGAGGAGGAUGAUGACGAUAUCGAAGACGAGAUAGACGUUGAAGUUGAUGACGACGAUGAUGAUGACGAUGAGGAAGGCGGGGAGAAUAUAUACGACCAAGUCGAGAAGGAAUCUUGGUUGAAAAGCUCUUCUUGCAAAGACCUUUAUGAUUUUUCCCAUUACGAUCGUGAAAAAUCGAAACCAAUGACAGCUUUUGAUAAAGAUUUCUUCUCAUUUAAUCGCAUCGAUUCUCCAGUUACCCGUUAUGAUGACUCUCGCCACUCUUUGUAUUUUACCAAAAACCAUUCUAUUGAUGCCACCCAAGAUGUUUCGCCCUUGACUCAUUCAAAGGUCUACUCCUCGAGUUAUCCGGGUAGUACUUACAACACCCAAGAACAUCAGGCGAAUCAUAGACGAGGCUAUGGUCAUCAUGUUGACUACUGUGGUUCUCAAGAUGAUAUAUCACAAGAUAGCUAUGAGCUAUUGGAGAAAUAUGAUAUUGAUUUCUUUAGUGGUCGUCGACGGUCUGAAGAUCAUAUGCGUUCUUGUUCCUUAGAUUCGGGUAACUACAUACCCACCGACGAUGAAUCCGAUAUCGAACAGCACAAGUAUAGAUCCGCCAUGGAUGUCAAGUGUAAAUCAGCAGUAGAGUUAAUGAACGAAAUCUGGGAUUCGGAAGAUCCCAGAUAUUUGCCUCGCGAAAAGUUAAGUGUUAAAUCGGAUGGUAAUUUUUACAAGAAAAUCCAAGGUACUCUGUCGCGCACCUCGAGUAAUGAAAGUAGGUCUGAAAUUUAUGAAACUAAGAUUUCAAGAAGUUCUGAUUCUAGCAAGAAAUCCCGUGAUAGUCUUUAUCAUACCGAUAGCAAAAAGUCUAGGGAAACCACUAAAAGCAAGACUUCUGUGGCUUCGAGUCAAGAUUCCAAAGAGUCUUUGGUAGGAGAUUAUUUGGGUAAGAACUAUGAAAUGCCUACCACCACGGGUAAGAAGUAUAGGCACCUGAGUAAGAAAGAGAAAUACGAAAAGUUUUUACAGUCUAGCCAAGAGUCAAAAAGUGAUUAUUACGAUGCCGUUGAGGCGGUAGAAACAGAAAGUUUGUGUGGCAGACCCAAGGUCAAGUCACACGAUUGUCUGCUUUCCGAUACACAUGGUUCUUCAGCUAAUAGUUCUUUUUAUGACAGUCGUGAUAUUUAUUCCACCUUUCCCAGCAAUAAAUCAGCCAAAACAUCUAAAGUCCAUUCGAUUAGUUUGCAAAAUGUAGAAAUCGAAAGAAAUUCCAAAUCUUUUAGUUCAAGGUCGCCCGACUCGGCCAAUACUCCCAAGAGGAAAGAAGAAAAAGAAAUCCAAACUAAUGAUUCCAUAGACCAAACGGCACCCUUUAAGAAAUCCGAUUCUCAGUCUUGUAAGAUUUCUUCCUUUAGACGUAGGUCGGACAGUGAGAAUAUCUUUAGUUUUGAUCGUGAUCGUAUAGAAUGUUUACAAAAUUAUGGUAAACAAUGGGAGUCACCCGGUAAAGAAGAGAGAACUAAACAAAGUCCCGAGUAUCCUCUAACACCCGAACUAGUGUCCGAGUUCGAUAAACAACAGACCAGAGCUAAAACUCACAUCAUCACACGCAAAGAAGAACUAAUUGCAAAGACACAUUUUGAGGAAUACAAUCCCAUAAUGGUGCCUUUGAAUUAUAGCCAUGCAACUGUCGAAAGAACCAAAAGUGAUCCCAAUUCUUUGGCAAAUCGCAAUCGAUUGGGUAGUAAUUCGAGACGACAUGUGUUAAUGCAUCAGAAAUCUAUUGAUCUGACACCGGCCGAUUCUAGCGACGAGGACUACAUUUACAAACAAAUACCUAGCGCUCCUCCCUUGUGCAAGGCUCACGGCAACUUCGAAAUGCCCAAAUGUUAUGAUUCUCCAGUCAAAACACAAGAUAUACCCAAAAUGGGUUUCGAAAUGCCCAAAUCAUUCUUCCGCGAAUACGAAAGACGUUUUACAAAGGUGCUGAAAGAAGACAUACCGUAUGUGUUACACAAGCGACAUGUUAUGAAUGGCACUGCUCCCUCACCGAGUGAGAAGAAGCACAAUAAACCAAAAUCUCCUAAAUCACCAAAAUCACCCAAGUCUCCCAAAUCCCCUAAAUCACCGAAAUCUCCCAAAGUGGAUGUCAAUAAGGGAUUACAAGUUCAAGAAGCCGACUUUUUACCCGAUAUCCUAGACAGUCUUUUACCGGCAGAAACCAAAGAAUUUUUAUUCACCCAAAACAUAGAUCUGUCUAAGGUGGAUCCCAUAACUCUGGAAGUGGACAAAACCAUACCCAUCAUACAAUUGUCCUCUCCCACUAAACGCGAUAUAACCAAACAAAUUGAACCUUCUCUGCUGGAAAAACUCAAUAAGAAACUGAGUCAAAUUGAAUCAGAUUCAGCCACCAGUUCACGCACAGAAAGUUUGCAGCAACAGAAGAAUAAAUUGGAACAAAAACAAAUGGAACUCAUACAAAGCUUACGACAAGAAUUGCAGGCCAAUGCCCGUAAGUCUCUCAAGGCCAGAGUUAUACCGAAAACAAAGGUAUCAGGUAAACCCAAAAAGGGUAAAACACGCAUAACUUCAUUUUCCUCAGACGAUGAGAGUUUAGACUCAGAUGAUGUAUUUGGCUCAGCAGAGGCUAUACCAGAUCGUUUGGAAUUCUCACCACCACAAUCACGCAAAGAAAUCGAGCCCAUAUUGAGAAUAGAACAAAGUCGUUUGAUAUCCGCAGCUUGGGGUAGAGGACAAACCAUGAGCUCUACUGAAAUCGAGGGAUCUCCACCACAAUGCCGGCGCUUGGCCGAAUUGGAGAGUCGUUAUCACACCCAAAAGCUAGAUCCUCAAUAUGCCAAUGCAACUGAACUAAGAAGGAUUUCGGAACGUUCCAUUUCGAUACCAUCCUCAGAGGAUGAACCUCACAUGCCAAUACGCAAUCGCAUGGAUGAGUGCACCAAUGAUUAUCAACGCAACGAAAAUAUACCGUCACCAAUAUUAGAACAUAACGAAUUUUUCCGCAGCAACGACGACAUCUACGAAACUUGUCACGAGGAAAAAAUAACCGAAUCAGAUAUUGACUAUACACUUAAAAAGAAAACCUCGCCACGAACUGAAUUCCCUAAAUCUAAGGUUAAGUUGAUAGAAGAAAUCAUUGAUUCAUCGAUGGUUAUGAGAACCAAGGGUCAUGCACCCGUUUUAUUCGCUCAUGCUCGUUUAAAUCUAUCCGAAGGUUCGGUAUCACUACAAAGACAAAAGGCUACCCUGGAGUCGCCAACCACAGAAAGACGCACAAAGAGUUUAGAUACGCCUGUAAUAUCAUUGCACAGACUACCACCCAUGAAUGCUUUCUCAUCCAAAGAUGAUACUGUAGGUUUUGAAGAAGAAGCCGAAAUAUUGGAAGAAAAAUCAUUGGAGCGCGUUAAACCUCAACAAGAUGAGGAUACAGCCGAUAGUGUUCACUCCUGUGCUGGUUCCAUACCAACCCAAACUGCAUAUGCUUCAAUUGGCAACGAUUCUAUACUAAAUACUAUAAACAUAGACGAUGAGGAAGUUGAGUUGUUAAAUAAUUUGAAAUUCAUAGAGAAAAUUGCUUUGCAGGGUGUAAAAAUCAAAGAUAAAAAGAAAUCAAAAAUGAAGCUAAAGAGUGGAGACCAUUUAAUUUUGAAUAUACCCAAAUACAGAUUUACCGAUUGGUCUCCUUAUAGUUCGGCCAAUAGUUCACGAAAAACUUCUCCCGGAGUUUCAAGAGCCAGCAGUAUUGAGAGCACCGGCAAAGGUAAACUAAAGUUGGCCUUGGGAGAAGGAGGUAUAAAAAUCAAAACCGGUAUAUCAAGAUCUCGUCCAGAAUCACGUAGAACUAGUGCCGAUGAUAUUAAGAAAGAUGGUGGAAAAGCAAAGAAAACAAGCCCCAAAGAAAGGCCACGUUCUAUAGAAACACGUCGUUUAAGCAAGGAUAAGAGUAAAAGCCAGGAAGAAACAGAAGCUGAUAUAGCCAAGCGUAAAGAGAGACAACAAAAGUUGUAUGAAACAGCUAUGAAGCAAACUAUUACCAUGUUAAGUCCUGUCAAAGAUACUUUACCAGCUUUCCCGGCACCAGAAGACAAAAUUCUCGUAAAGACCGAAGGAGACAAAAUAAUUAUAGAAACCGAAUUCAAAAGCAAAGCCGAAGAUCAUGUCUUGAUAGCUAAAGCUCCCCGAAAACUUGAUAAUUCCUUGGUAAAAUUCAGUCGCAGCUUUGAUGAGGGACGCAGCCCUGAUAAGCUGGAGAAAGCCAGUCGCAGUUUUGAGGAUCGUAAUAAAUCAUUUGAGGAUUCGGAGAAAUCAGAUGUACCCGAUGACAUGGUCAUUAAGUCGCCCAAAAAAAUAGCCAAGAGCCAGGAAAUGAAACAAAAAAUUGAGGGUCCUGUAGUACAUCAUAAGAAAAUUGAUGGCAAGUCAAGUAGUUUGGAAAAAACUCAAUCGGAGCAUCAUUACUUGGCCACAGAUGUUAAAGCACGCAGUUUGGAUGAUAAAAAACAAACCCAAACAGAAACUAAAAAGCCAGAAGAGAAGCCAGCCGUACGUAGCGCCAUAGGAGACAGGCGUAUGUUUGCUCAUCAAUAUAAUGUCCAAGAAGACAUAGAUAUGCAGGCGGUAAUAUCCGAAAGAAGAUCUUUGGAAAUACUUAAACGAUCAUUACCCUCUGAGGAUACCAGAGAUAGUGAUGGUGCAUACAGUCGUAAACCCUCGACAGCUGAUAGCCUAGAUUCUUUUGUGUCUGUAGAUGAUUCCCAUUCGCCAGCUAGCAAAUCUCCAGUACCGCCAGUAGAGGGUGGUUAUCCCCAUCGUGUGCCCACCAUAGAAUGCGAAGAAGCUUCCAUAGAAGAAGACGAUAGUUCCAGACAUCUUAAGGUAUCACGCUUAGAUACCAAUCGUUUAAGCUUAGAUCGUAGUCGCAGUGAUGAAACAGGUUCCUGGAUGACCGUGGAAUGUGAUGAAUUUGUGGGAUCAGAUACAUCGGAAAAUGAACCACGUACUUUAGAACCCGAUCGCAAUGUCUUGGAGACACAAGCUACUUUAGAAGAUGCUAUACCUCUGGAGUAUUCCAAUUGCGCUACACCUACAUCUGAUUUGAAUAUAUUGGUGACACCACCCAACACCAGUCCUAUGGUUGAAAAAUCAGUUUUGGAAACCUUUGAAAAACAAGCGGAAAAAACCGAAAAUAAACGCAAAUUGGAGAAACAAAGUGACAAGUCGAAAAGUUCAGAUUCCUGGACUAGUGGAGAAAAAGACGUAAGUCCUGCCAGAGGAGAAAAAGGUGACUGGAGUUUGUCAGUAAGUGGUGGUAAAGAAAAAAGUUCGGUAGAGGAAGAAUCAAGUGUCAGUUGCUCUAUAGCACGACCUUUAGGGAUAUCACAAGACUUUGGCGACUUAGAAGCUAAAAAGUGUUUGGAACUGAAACAAAAAAUGCUUAAACUAGAAGUAGGCUCCCAAGCCCAACCCUCUGAUAGCAAAGUGCAAUCCCCCACUAGCCCUUCAUCGUCUAGAGAUGUUACUCCUACCAAUGAGACAGUGGCAGAGAAUAAAAUUAUUGUACGCAAACCAUCAACGCCUACAUUGGAAAAACAAAGUCCCAUAGACUUGGGUAACAGCACUGAAUCUUACUUGGAUCCCAUUGAGGAGAAAAUAGCUAAAAUUUUACAGCGACCAGAGGAUACAGAAUCAAGUUCUGGCAGCUCUAAGAAACCACCUAAAAUCGAAAAACCUGUACGAAAAUUAGCAGUAGGUAAAGCAGAGGGAGAAAAGACCGCUAAAUCAGGUAGUAGUUCCCAAGAAUCCAAAUCUAGCUUUGAUUCAAAGGGAUCCUUAAGUGUAGAAUCCCGGGGUUCCUUUGAAACUGAAAGUAGCUCUGGAUCUAUGGGAGCGGCUCAGCGACGUGGCGAGCUUCAAAUGAAGGAACAACAAUCCACCUGGAAGCCAUUUACCAUUGAGAGCAGCAAUAGUUCCAGCACCGACGAUCCUUGGCAUCAUGUUGAAACCGACGGCUAUGAACGUUAUGAUGCAAACAAUCCUCUGCGUGAUUCUUCAGACAGUGAGUUUAAGGAAGUAUCACCGGAUGACCAGAAAGAAAGUGAUACUAGCUUUCAAGAUGAACUUAAUGAUUUUCCUACCACUUUUGGCUAUCCAGCUAUGACGAGUACCUUGAAUGGUAUUGGUGUUAAUCCUACUGAUAUUAUUGGUUAUAGUUCUGGCUUUACUUUGGGUAGAACACUCUCUAGGAUCUCAGAACGUAGUACGGCUUCUGAAAAGUCCAGCAUGGAAGAUGAUGUUAGCAAAGCUUCGACACAUUCGGUUAGUAUGCGCGAUGAAUCGGUUGCUUCCACAGAUCACCAACCCAGUUUAAGCUCAGACUCUCGUAGUAACACAAAUCUGGCCUAUAUAUCUGAUGCGGAUCGCAGAACUUCAGCUGAGAUGCCUGAAAUACCCUGUGACUCAGCUACUGGUGAUCGUUUGUCAAGUAUUGGCAGUUUUAAUGAACCUAAAUCACCAACGGUGAUAACCGGACGAUUUUCCGUGACCCAGGUGGAUGGUGAAGGUGAAGAUCGCCCCACCUUAAUGUGUUUAUCUAAUGCUGGCAGUCAAGAUUCUGAAGACUGGCCCUUACCCGAAAUACCAUUUGACCAUGUGCCUGUGAAACCAGAAGAUUCCAUGUAUCAAAUGCCCGACCUAGACAAACCAGUGCCUAAGACAUUCUGUUGGAAGGCCAGCAUGUCAUUCCAGUCGCAGGAUUCACAAGACUGGCCUUCACCUCCAUCGAGUGCCAUUGAAACUCCUGUAGUGGUAGAAGACAUUGAAACUUUUUAUGCUUCUGAAGCACAAAACGCCGAUCAAAUUAUGAUCGAUUCAUUUACAACUACCGACAGGACAGAUGAGGAUGACGAUAGACUCUCUUGCGAAGAUUUCCCCAUAACACCACCCGAUGUGGCUAAAAUACUGCCUUAUGAAGAUACCGCUUACUUAAUGUCUUCGGCUUUUGAGGAUAAAGAUUUUGGCAGUGAUGAUUUACAGCAUGAUACACCCACAUGUUUAAGUUCCACCCUAAGCGCAGCAUCUUGUUUAUCUAACUCUUUCAAUGUUACCUGCUCAUCUUCUCCAAAGUCCCAUCAGAUCAGUCCACUACGCAAAGACUCGAGUCCCGAAUCAGUGAUUUUAUCACAACCAACUAGAUCACCAGCUCCAAGAAGCCCCAUCUCUGAGGAUGAACUGUUCUCUAGUGAUGAUGUCUUCAUGCCGGGCACUAUAAGAGUGCAAUUAUCGCCAGAUGAAACUCGAACAAAUGAAUAUAUAAGGAAACUAUCACGAGGUUCUAACAAUUCGGAUACAUCAAUAGAUGACAUACUUUCAGCAUCGGGAGGUACUUACAUGGAGGAUCAAACUACGGUGAGACGAAACUAUGAACCUCGUCUCAGUACAGGAAGCUGUAAAAAAUGCAGUCAUUCUAGCCACUCCGAAGAAGAAACCAGUUCCAUUGGCACCGAUUUGGAUGGUACUGUACGCAUGGGUCUACAGCAAAAGAAAUGUACUCAUAGCUCUCAUUCGGAAGAUACUUCUAUUGGUCUAAGUAUAUCGGAAUGGUCUACCGGAACGAAUACGGUUAGGCAAUAUGCCAAUCUUUCGGGAUCAGACAGUUUAUCGGCAGUAUCCACCCAUUCGUGUGCCAAGUCGGAGAAAUCAAAUCAUACCAAAUCAAGCAUGAGUUCUAUUAACAAAUCAGCCGAGAGUUUGAAUGAACAAAGCAAUAGUUUUUCGAACAAAUUCUCGGGAGACAAUGGUUCAUCGGAUGGUUUACGUUAUGAUAUUUUAUCAAAUUCUGAAACUGAUAAAAUGUCAGAAACAACCUCGGCCACCAAGAGCGAUGACACCACCUUGACCUUAACCGAAAUGGCUCACACCAUUACCGAGUGGUCCACAUCUAGCAGUCGUACUUUAGUGGGUGCUGCUCCAGGAGAAAAUCAACCAGGUGCCGAUCAAAGAGGUAAUCGUAGAGGUAGUUUUAUAGAUUAUCAACCUUUAAAGCAACCUAAAGUAGGUAGUAAAAAAUCUCCAUCAGAAGAAAAACGAGGAUCUUUACCACAAGUGCAUCGCAGAAGCGGCAGCAAUGGCAAUCAAAGAACAAGCGUGGAAGAUUUGGUGCAGAGGACAUCGCCGCCCAAGACAAGUGAUCAGGUCAGACCAGGAAUGCCGGUAAGAAUAACAGGUAAAGAUGACAUGUGCGAAUCGAAUGCAGCUCGCAAGCGUAGAUCUCUAGAAAUGAUGUCUAAACUGUAUCAAAGUCAAGAGAUCAAUUCAGAAAGCGAAUCAUUUGUCGAACGCCUCUAUGCUCCCAGUGAAAAACUAACGGAACGCUAUCAAAGUCAAGAAUUUGUACCGUUGCAUCAAUCUCAGCCCCAAACUUCAACACAAAGCUCAACCAAAACCCCAAAAGGUAAAGCCCCACAACCUCCCACAAAACCCAAAGCUCCCCAACCCCCUGUCAAACCCAAAAUGAAAGUAACCCAACCCCUUAUGCAAGCAUUACUUAAGCACAUGAAAACUCCUGGUGUAGCAGAAGCGGCUGCGGCCAAAGCUGCAGAAGAGGAGGAAGUAAAGCCCAAACAACCCCCACCUAUCCCUGCAGUACCACCCAUAACAUCUCCUAGUGAUUUACCUCAAACAGUAGGUCCUCCUGGAGAGAAACCUUUAGCAAAACAUCAUAGUUAUGACGACAAAACAUUGUCGAAAUCGCAAAUACGUGAAUACAAAACGAACAAAUUAAGACAAUCGAAUUCAUUCCAUGAACACAUGCUGUCACAAUCACAACAAUCAUCAUUGGAAUCAAUGCCGGCCCGCAUAGACGAGGAAUCGUCUUCGGUGGGCGGUGGCACGAGCGGUGCCUCUUCAGCCACAACAACGACAACCACUGUUAACAGUGAAAAUACAACGAGUACGGAAAAUUCGUCACCAAUGCUGCCAACUAGAGCUGAAAAAUUAAUUAAAUGUUCACCCUAUUACUCGAGUAGCUUAAGCUCCGAAUCACCACCCAAUCAGUUGAUACAGAAACCACCCCGUAAGAGUUCCAUAACACGUACACCCAUGGUCAAGAGUCCACCCAGUGGCAACGACACCGACAGCUCAAUCGAUGUCCGUGCUCAAGAUCCGAAAAUGCGUACUCGCGGCUAUCGCAAGAAGCGUCAAAUCACAGCUAAACGUAUGCGUUCCUCCGAUCGUACUUUGGUGGAGCAGGAAAGUUCAGAAUGUUCGGAAGGUUAUAUGCCAGAAAUGGAUUCUGGAGGUUCUGACCCUUCCUACCGACAUGAAUACUACGAGUUCGAUGAGGAAUUGGAGGAUCACGAACAGGAGACCGACGAAUACGACGAUUAUCCUCACUAUUCGGGUGUGGCCUUUUCAUCUACAUCUUCAGCAUUUGAAAGCUUAGACAUGACUGAUAAUGUAGAUGAAAUGGGCUUUCCACGCUACGAUCGUUUAGGUCACAUAACAAAUCCCAUGUAUCAAUCUAUGCAACAGCAGCAAAUGCGCACAAUGUCGGUGGCAAAACCACAACCGGCAAACCAUCCUAUGCCCCCAUCUACGGGGCAACCCAUUAAACCAGCACGCACCAAAAAACGCCAAUUGAAACGUGAAGAUUCCAUUAUUGGCACCCAUCAGUCAGCAGCACAAUAUCACGGUAGAUCCUAUUGUAAUCCCGAAGAGAGUGAAGUAGAAUCGAAAUCUGGUCUCUCCGAUGACAUGGCAAAUAGCAGUGAGGAUAGUAGUAGUUUUUAUCAUACCACAGGCACCAUCAAGCGUAAUGGUGGUGGCGGUAGUAGUGGUGUUAGAUCAGUAGUAGGUGGCGCAGGGGUAGCAGCUUGUAGCAGCCAACAAAUUUCACAAUCUACUGCUGGAGACUUGGAAUUACCCUAUCCGGACUUUCUUUCCGACUACGAAACCGAACCCAUUGAAUAUGAACGUUUUGCUUGUGGCCUGGACAUACGCGUAGAUCCACCACCAAAAUUUCAUGACUCAGAUGAUCUAAGUGAUCAGUAAACUGAAGGAUAGAUUGAUGAGAUAUUAGAUUUUUAGGCAAUAUAAACAUAAAGUUAAACAGUUUUACUAAUCAAAAGUUUAAUCAUAGAUUCG